CGAUCGGUGGCUUUUGAUUUGGGAAAGUGGAUCAACUCUGUCAACUAUUUGUUUCAUAUUGGGGAAUAAGUCAUGACAAACCUUUACGUGUAACAAUAGUUUCCCAAUCUUGCACCAUCGAGGCCGAUGCUUCAAGGAUAUGAGGGUUGUGUAUAGGGGCUAGUCGUCCACCAUGCCAGAUCAACCUGACGGAAGUGAUGACUCAAUCAAGGUGUUUGUACGUGUUCGUCCGUUCCUGUCCGGGACGGAUGGCAGCAGCGACCUGGAUCGGCAGGAAUGCCUGCAGGUCGACUCGCUCAAUUCGGUCACCAUGCUGUCAAAGCCUGAGCCCAAGGUGUUCACUUUCGACCGUGUAGCAGGGCCACAAACCACACAGGAGGAGGUAUUCGGUGUUGUUGGUCGCACAAUUGUCGAGAGCUGUAUGCAAGGAUACAAUGGCACGAUCUUUGCAUAUGGCCAAACAGGAUCCGGCAAAACAUUCACAAUGAUUGGUCCGUCCGACGACGGUCAGCUGAGCAUGAAACUGCGCGGCGUGAUCCCGCGCACACUUGACUACCUCUUCUCGCUCAUCAAUCGCGAGCACCAGAAGCGUGGUGAUCUGGUGCAGUUCCUGUGCAAGACGUCAUUCUUGGAGAUCUACAACGAGCAAGUGUUUGAUCUGUUGGACACUGCUUCCGUUGGCCUUCAUCUCAGAGAAAACAUCAAGCGAGGUGUGUACGUGGACGGUAUCACCGAGAAGCCCGUCGCGUCCGCCAAAGAGGCAUUCGAUGUGUUGUCAGGCGGAUGGAGUAACCGUCGUGUGGCGGCUACGUCAAUGAACCGUGAGAGUAGUCGUAGCCAUGCUGUAUUCACACUGACCGUGGAAUCUAAAGUAAAGGAGUCACCCGGAGCUGCAGCGAAGAUCAAGACGUCUCAACUUCACCUGGUCGAUCUUGCCGGCAGCGAGCGCCAGCGAGAUACGCAUGCUGUCGGGACAAGGCUGAAAGAAGCUGGCAACAUCAAUCGCUCCCUAUCUACUCUGGGAAACGUCAUCAUGGCCUUGGUUGACCAGGCACACGGCAAGUCACGUCAUGUGCCGUACCGAGACUCCAAGCUCACCUUCCUUCUGAGAGAUUCGUUGGGUGGCAACUCCAAAACUUUCAUCAUCGCCAAUGUCAGCAUGGCAUCCAAGUGCUUCGGAGAAACUCUGUCGACGUUGAGCUUUGCGCGGCGUGCUAAGAUGAUCCGCAACCGUGCCAUUGUGAACGAGGACACACUGGGCAACGUCACACAACUGCAACUGGAGAUCAAGAAACUCAAAGAAGAGCUGAACCAGAUGAAAGCCGGUAUAAUUCGGAACCCGUCCGAUAACGCACCACCAUACAGCCAAACGGGGUUCUCUACUCCAACCAAAUCAGCGCCAGGAGAGAAUAAAAGUACAUCGGAGCUGCGCGACAUGCUUCUGUCGGCCAUGGAAAAUAAACAGCUGGCAGAAAGGGAAAAGCAGGCUUUGUGCGAGAAAGUGGAGAAGCUGGAGGAUGUCGUUGUAAAGAAGGACAAGUUCCUCCAGUCAACGAAGAUGAUCCUGAAGUUCCGGGAGACACACAUCAGCAACCUGGAGUCUCGCCUGAAGAAGGCUGGAUGCCAAGAUCUAGAAUCUCAGACAAUGGGCAUGUUGCGGUCGGAGAUAGAUCAGCUUCGUCUGCAGCUGGACAGCCAUCCAGAAGUGCAACGGUUCGCCCUGGAGAACCUGAGGCUUCGAGAGGAGGUCAAGAAGCUGCAGUCGCAAUCCAGCAACAGUGAGGUGUGCUCAGAGCUGAGCAGAAUGCGACAGUACUGCGGCCAACUGGAAGCACAGCUGCUUGAGGAGAAGAGCAGACACAAGGCUGCAUUGGCGGCAACCCCCAAACGGCGUGAUCGUCGCAGUGGUGUGGGUGGUGUUGACUUUGAGGGCAUGGCUGCUGAGCUGGAUCGCUAUAAGACAAUGGCGAAGCAGCUGCAGGUCGAAUUAAAAAGCAGCAAGCAGUCAUUAUCCGACCAGGCGGCCGAGUCUAAACAGAAACACAUGGAGCUAGAAAUGCACCUGGCUGGUGUGCGGCAGUCUGUCAAGGACCUGGAGCAAGAGAAAGAUGCUCUGAAGCUCCGUAGCAAUGCUAUGAGCGAGCGCCAUCGAAAUACAAUCAAGACGAUGCUAACACCAACGCCCGACCGGCUAGCAAGACGUAGAAGCUCUGAUAAACUAGCCGCCAGCAGUGCUGCAGCAACACCACAGCUAGCUAACCUCCGUAUGGCACUGUUCGAGAACGAAACGCCGUCGGAGGGUGUGAUGGAUGAACCGAUGCCGGAGGCCAUUCAGGAAGCUCUCAGCGAUGAGCUUUUGGAGAUGCAGACUGAGAACAAGAAACUGACGAACAGCCUAGAGACCUUGGAGGAAUCAGAGCGCAAGUUGAAGACGGAGAAUGCAGAGCUUGUGUACCGACAGGCAGAGUUGGAUGCUGCCCUGCAUGAAGGCCGUGACAAGAGUCGGCAGCGUGAGCUAGAGAUGAUGGAAGAACUUGACCAAGCCAACGAAGACCUGGGCUCGGCCAAUGAGAAUCGACAGCUGCUGCGUGACGAGCUGCGUGACAUCAAGCUACUGCUCGUCUCAUCCGACAAGGAACUGCAAGCAGCCAGGAGUGCUGCGUCCAACAGUGCCGUGUCAUCAACUGCUGAACUGGCGCAGGCACAAGCUGAGAUCACGCGGCUGGAAGGUGAAAUCACCGAGAUGCAGGCGGAGCACGAGACUGUCGUGGAGGACUUCCAGCAGAUCCAGAAUGAAAUGGAGACGAUGCGCGCGGAGGCUUCGUUUAAAGACAGCCAGCUGGAGGAGUUUGCUCAGCAGCUGGCGAGAGGCCGUGAAACCAUCAAGUGCAUGGAAGCCGAGCAUCAGGCAACCAUGGAGAAACUGGCCAGUGAAGUGGAGAAGACGACCAAACUUUCAUCUCAACUGCACGACGAUGACAAAAAUCAGGAGCAGUACUUGCGCUCAGUGAACGAGUGCUCUGAGCUGCGCACUGAACUUGCGGACCUCUCCAAGCAGCUUGAAGAUCAGGCGGUGUCAUUACAAUCCUCUUCUGUACGUGCUACUGAGCUUGAAUCCGAGAAGGCUGCACUGGAGCGGCAAAUUGAGCAGCUUAAGAGUGACAUGGCGUUGUUGAUGGAGUCCGUCAACAGUUUGAAGGCUCAGCUGGCCAAGAAGGAGGCUGUUAUCACCGGCCUGCAGCAGGAAGCGGAGGAUCAUGAGUCCACUCUGGACGCACGCCAGAAGGACCUGGUUGCUCUCAACGCGCAGGUUGCCGAGCUGCAGCAGAAACUCGAGGACGUGCAGCAGGAGAUGAAGCUGCAGCAGCAGAACAACGUCACCAACUACGACAUGCUGUCGGAGGACUAUGAGUUUAUGGUCGGGGAGCACCAGAAGGUCUCCGAGCAGCUGACUGCACGACAAGCAGACCUGGAGUCGGCCACGUCAGAUAAGAGCCAUCUUGAGCAACAAGUGAGCGACUUGCAAGCUCAGCUAAAGAGUGUACAGGAGGACUUUGAGAGCCGCUUGGCCAAUGUCAAGUCUCAGCAAUCGGCCGGUGAUGAAGAUCUGAUGACAGUCGUGCAGGCACAAGAAGAUGAGCUGGCUCAGCUGAAGACCAGCGAGAGUCGAUACAUCCGCAUGCUGGCUGACCUGGAGGAGAAGCAGCAGGAGCGGCGUGCUGAGGCGGAGGCCCUCAAGCUGGAGAUAAGCAGCCUGCAAAGUGCUCGAGAAGAGAGCGAGGCCCUGUCAAGCCAUGUGAAGAGCCUGACGUAUGAACUAGACACGGAACGGGCUUUGUGGGCCACCAGCAAGGAGACGCUAGUGCAGGAGAAGGAGACCGCCGAGACCAACCUGUCCAGUGCGCUUGGCGAGAAAGCUUCGUCUCAGGCGGAAUGCUCUGAACUGCGGACACUCCUGACCGAUCUUCAGGAGCGACACGACAAGCUGGGGCAAACCUCUGCCGAGCAGCUCGACUCACUGAAGGAGGAGCUGCGACGAGCACAAGCCUUGGAGCAGACAGCUUUCGAGCAGGCACAGGAGCUUCGCUCGCAGCUGGCGAAAAUAGAUGAAGAAAAGACAAAGGCGGAACAGGAGGUAGCUGAGCUAAGAGAGAAGACAGACAAGCUGGCCGAGGAGAGAGCUAAGCUAGCCGGACACCAGAACACCAAGCAGCGCAUCCAGGUCAUGAUGCAGAUGAAGAAAGAGCACAAUACCUUGCAGGAUGAGCUGGCUCGUGUGCGCGGUCUUCUCAAGAAUAGGUCAGAUCAUGUGUGUAACUUGGAAGACGCUCUAAAGAAGAACGCUGCCAGUCGCGCUGCACAGCAACGGCCUGCCGAGAAAGAGAAUAAAACACCUCCAUAGUCUGCGCGUGCGUCGUCUAUAACACCGAUCUCAACACUUGACUCGCUCGCUGGCUGAGCCGGUACCGCUACUGGAUGCUGUCCUUGAUCGUGUGCGUGUGCGCGUGUGCGUGUGUGCGCUGGCCGUGUGCUCUGUUUGUUUUUGCUUUGCUCGCCUUCUACGUUGAUGCAUGUACGUGUAUUGUCAUUACACAACAAUGCAGGAGGUGUAUGUGCCACUUUCCCUGUUGAGCCUCAAGCUUCAGACCUAACAUGCCUGUGACUCGCCAUAUUUUCCAACGAUUUGUAAAAAGUAGCUGGUCGUGUGUGCACUGAACUUCACAGCACUCACCGUGACGUCCGCUCCGUCUCAGCGUCCUUUUGACGCGAACUCUAUCACGGAGUGGGUUGCCUUACCCUUAGAGUUUAUUCAAUCCUACAUGAUAUACUGUCAGGUCUCGUAUUGAGCUAUUAUUUGAUCUGGUCAUGAAACACGUUUUAAAAUUUUGCUAACGCUGAUCUCCUGCUGGCAGCCAACUGCUUUUCGCUUCCCGAUCUUCUGUCCACGGGGCACAACUGACUUGGACUUUGCCUUAGGAUUAUAAUGUUUUUCUUUCGUUUUUGGUUCUCUUGUGCCGUUGCACCAACCAGUGUGCAUCGGUUUCGUUUUUAGCAACUUGUAUUUACCUGCACUGCAGUCCUUGUUAUAGUGUUAUAGGCGGUCGUUGACUUGCCAUGUUCGUUUGAACUGUCCUACUGUAGACCUACGCUACUGCAGCUGCAUUUUAGGACCAAGCGGUUUACAUCGCGUGAUGACUGUGUUUUAGAGCAGUUUCUUCUUAUGCCUUUCGCGCGUGUAUUGUCUUGAAUUAAUGUCGGCGUUGACGCUGCCUCAGUGC